AUGAAUAUGAAUAUUAUUGAUCUAAACAAACCUUGUCAAGAAGCCAUUCAAGAAGAGCAAGAAGUCAUUGAACAGGAAUAUGAGCAAGAAAGUGAAUGUAUCAAUUUUGAGCCUUUCACAGGCCAGUGUUUUUUGAGCGAAGAAGAAGCAUAUUUGUUUUACCAUAAAUAUGCUAAACAACAUGGAUUUUCUGUCCGUAAAACAAGAUUUGACAAAAACAAAGAUGGAAAAAUCAAGAGAAGAGAUUUUGUGUGUCAUCGUGAGGGUUUUCAACAAUCAAAGAUAGCAGAUCCUGUGAUGAAGCAACGAAACACUGCAUCUACAAGAUGUGAUUGCAAAGCUCAUAUGAGGGUAAAACUAAAGAAAUCUUUUGAGAUUUUUCCAGAACAAUGGCAUGUCACUGAGUUUGUUGCUAUACAUAAUCAUGAGUUACUUUCACAGGAAGAGGUACGUUUUCUUCCAUCUUAUCGUUUUAUGACAAAUGAUGAUGAGAAACGUAUUCUUUUAUUGAAAGAUGGAGGUCUUAAUGUGAAGCAAAUCAUGCGUGUGAUUGAGCUUGAAAAGAAUGUUAGACAUGGUCACCUUUCGUUUACUUCAAAAGAUGUUCACAAUUUUUUUAGUAGAUUUCGCACCGAGAAAGCAAAAAAUGAUGUAUUAGAUUUUUUGGAAUAUUGCAAGAUAGCCAAAAAAGAGAAUAAAAAUUUUCAGUACUGUGUUAAGCUUGAUGAUGAAAGAAAAAUUAAUGCUUAUGACAUGCCAUUGGGUAUUUUUGUUGGAGUUGACAAUCAUGGUAGAAGCAUAUUAUUUGGAUGUGCUCUUCUCCGCAAUGAGACUAAAAGUACAUUCUCUUGGUUGAUGAGGACAUUUGUGUCCAUGAUGAAAAAAACUCCUAAAUCCAUACUAACUGAUCAAGAUCCUUGGAUGACACAAGCUAUUGCAGAGGAAAUGCCUUUAACAAAACAUGCCUUUUGUAUAUGGCACAUCACAUCAAAAUUUGCCUUUAACAAAACAUGCCUUUUACUUGAUACUCAGGAGGAGUUCGAGAAUAGGUGGCCUCAAGUAAUUGAGAAAUAUAAGUUGGAGAAGAAUAAACAUGUAGUGGGCUUACACAGCAUAAGGCAUUCAUGGGUGCCUUCUUAUCUCCGUGAACACUUUUUUGCUGGAAUGACCACAACAGGGAGAUGCGAAAGUUUUAAUGCAUUUAUCAAGAGAUUUACAACUUCACGUAUAUGCUUAAGCCUGUUCAUAAAGCAAGUUGAUUUGGCUAUUGAAGAUAUUGAGCAAAAUCAGUUGCAAGUUAGAAUGUUGGAGAAAUACAGAGGAGCUUCACUCCGAACUUUAUCCCCACUUGAAGAGCAGCACAAAACAUCUUGA